UUCUUUGUAGGAUCACUUCGUAGGAACCAUAGGGGCGACAUCACGUCCUUAGGGCCACACACAAUUCGCGACACGUGCUUCGGUUGAGGGCGAAGUUGCGUAUGCGGCUAGAUUUAUCACGUGAUCACUAAUACUCAAUCGCGAACCCAAAUCUCUUGCAGCUCCAGAGCGACGGACAUCAUCACGACAUAGACCUCCCCCAUUCCACACAACGUGCCAGUCAUCAAAAUGGCGGUAGGACGCAGCGCAGCUCUCAAGAUCGACUGGACCAAAAUCGGUACACAGCUCGGCCUCAAGGGCGCAACCGCGUCGUCCCUCUCCGCCUUCAAGAAGCGCAAUGACGAUGCCAGACGCAAGGUGCAGGUGCUCAGCGAGCAGCCCCAGAAUGUCGAUUUCGCCUACUAUCGCUCCGUACUGAAGAACCAAACCAUUAUUGACGAAAUCGAGAAGCAAUUCAAUGGCUUCAAGCCUGCAUCCUAUGAUGUUAACAGACAAAUCAAGGCUAUUGAGUCCUUUGAGGCACAAGCUGUUAGAAGUGCAGAGGAAACAAAGGGUCUGGUCGACAAGGAGUUGAAGGACCUUGAGAAGACUCUAAAGAACAUUGAGGAUGCUCGACCUUUCGAAGACCUCACUGUGGAUGAGGUUGCUGCUGCGCGUUCCGAUAUCGACGAACGCACCGAACAGCUCGUCUCCAAAGGCAAAUGGACAGUGCCUGGCUACAAGGAGAAAUUUGGCGACCUCUCUGUCUUGUGAAACCAUCUUCGAUACCUUCUGCAGAUACAUUAUCUGUCUGCAUGUGCAUAGCCCCCUAACUCGACUGUCACAAUAGACUCUAUAACUUCAAUAUCGAAUUUAUGCAUGUGACACUGUUAUCGAUAUACUCUGAACUGGUUAGAUCGAUGGAUGUAUAUCAACAUGUGACCGUAAGCAUUCCCGGCUUCCGUCAAGUAUAUGGAAUGGGACAUUCGACUCCAGUUCGUCUACAUUAGCUUGAA